AUGAGAAUGCUAAGAAGAGAAUUAUUCGUAAACGCUUGGUUUUUUUGCAUUGGAAUACUCAUAGGUAUUCAUCUCCAAAUAUCAAAAUCUGCAGAUACCGAAGAAGAACUUUUCAAUGGAAAGAGAACUACAAAGGAAGAUAUGAAGGAAAUUUUUGGAACAAGUGGACGAGAAAGAGGAUCUAAGAUCUUUAUUGACAAGAAAAACUUAUUGAUUUCAAAGCCUAUUGAUAACAAGUUAUUUUCCUGGAGCCCAAAUCGUGCAACUUCGUUCCCGUCUUCGCCUCUUCCCGAUUUCUGCAGCUGCAAAUCAGCACCAAAGCCUUCAAAAACGAUAAAUUAUGACAAAUGGACUGUUCCAAAUUAUGAAGAACUAUCAAAUUUCCGAGAAAAGGACAUUGAAAACUUCAAAAAAUCAAAAUUUCAUUCUCAAAACUCGCCACCUUUGAUUCUCUCUAAAGCUCAAUCGUCGAUUGAGUACGUCAGUUAUGGUUAUGAUAUCAGCCCGGAAGAGCAAUUCAACCCAUAUUUGAAAGUCGUUGCCGACGAGAAUGAACAUUUUAAAUUUGAAUUCACUGCAACUUAUGGCUACUUCCUUAUUUCAAAAGAAAACGUCAAUAUGAUCCGGACCAAGGAUGAAUACUUGCUUGUUCUCAACGAGUGGGCAUUGACUGAAGAUUUGAAUGAGAUUCUGAAAGAUGUGCAGUACAUCCCGAAAAUUUAUGAUGCCAGGCCGUUAACUGAUAUCGUUCACUUCAAGCUAACUCAUUAUUCGUCAGGGAAAGAAGAAAGGGUUGCUUUUCCCGUAACGAUUCGACGCAGGGAACUCCCGAUAUUACAGCUAAGAAGGUCGGAUGAAAUAUCCGAAAUGGUGACCAUCGUUACUAAAACUGGACUACGACCAUCAUGCCUAAAGACGCUUAUUUCUUCGAUCCGCGAAUUCUAUCCGAAAGUGACGAUUAUCGUAGCAGACGAUUCUCCAAAAUCAGAAAUAAAAACUGAUGAAUUUCCGGGGGUCAAAUAUUAUCUUAUGCCUGAAGAAGAAGGGUUUUUCGCUGGAAGAGCUCUUGUCAUCAGUCAAGUCAGAACGCCUUAUUUCAUCUGGGUGGACGAUGAUUUCAUUUUUACUGAAGAUACAAAGCUCGAGAAAUUCGUGGAAGUGGCUGAGGAAUCGCAGUUUGAUAUUGUUGGAGGUCUCGUUGUCAACAAAGGAGAUAAAAAAGGAGCUGAUUGGAACUCAUAUGACAAGAUCAGCAUUCAGUAUUCUGCAGAAGGCAACUGCUACAAACGAGAUAAGCAUCAAAUUCUCACGAAUUUACCUGGCUUUGAAGAGAACUGCAUCGUAAACGACAUUGUGAAAAACUUCUUUAUCGGGAGAACUUCUACCGCCGGGUCGAUUCGAAUGGAUCCCAAUUUCUCCCAACGAGGCCACAGAGAAUUUUUCCUAGACUCGAUAGGAAAGUUGCGAAUAGCUUUUUGUGAUUUUGUCACGGUAUAUCAUGGGCAAGAAGAGUGCAUAAAAAGUCAGCCGAAUAUUUAUGCCGAACGAAGACAUCCUCAUGGAAGCAAUCUUGCGAGACUUGAGCAGAGUAUCGCUGAGAAUUGGUUUUUCAGAAAUUAUUUUUCCUGUCAAACUGAUUUUACUUAA